AGGCAAGAGAGAUUGUGAUAGAUUCCACGCUUCUUUUGCCUGUUUGCUCCUAUCCCUGAAGCCACCCCAGGAUUUCAUUUACUCCUGGAAAAAAAAACUUGCUUUUUUUCUCUCAUUUUUCUGAAAUUUCAUCCUUUUUUUCCACUCUGGAGCAGACAAGGCAGUGAGAAAAUCUGUCAGAAGCAUCUGAGAAACGGAAUUCUGCAAGUUUUGUUCUUUGGAUUGGAUUGAAGUCAAUUAAAGGCGCCACCUUUGGGCUCCUGGAUCAUAGGAAUAUCCAGGAGAUUGGUAAAAAAAAAGGCGCCAUUUUUGGGAGAGAGGCGGCUCGUUCGCGGGCAAGCUGAGCAGGUGAUGUCUCCGGGCGUUGAGCUGUUGAUCCGACAGUAGCCUCUUCGCCGGAGGAUGGAGGCGGCGGAGCUGCUGAGGAAGAUACAGGAGCUGGAGGAGGGCCAGGCCGAGCUCAAGCGGGAGAUAUCCAAGAUCGUGCCGGAGCGGCGCGGCGCCGCUGCCGCGUCCACGCGCCGCCCGCCGACGCUUCCCGCCGCGCAGAAGCGCGCCCUCGCCGCGCUCCCACAGGCGUGGUCGUCGUCGCGGCUGCAGCGCGUGCGCCGCGCGGGGCUCACCGACAGGCACUAUGUCAGGAUCCUGCACUCGCUGGGGCAGGCCGUGCAUGUCAUCUCCCUCGAUGGGAAGCUGAUGUAUUGGAACCGGUAUGCCGAGCAUCUGUAUGGCUAUUCUGUUCCAGAGGCAGUUGGUCAGGAUGCCCUUGAAUUAAUUGUUCAUCCUAGUGAUUACGGUGCAGCAAACGAUAUCAUCCAGAAUAUAUUCAUGGGGAAGUGUUGGAGAGGGAAAUUUCCGGUCAAACACAAGUCGGGGGAGCGCUUUCACAUUGUCGCCAGUAACACGCCUUUAUAUGAUGAUGAUGGUAGCUUGGUGGGACUCAUCUGUCUCUCAACUGAUACGGGAACAUUGGAGGAGAUACUUGGCAUUUCAACCUCAGGGAAAUUGUAUCCAAGUUCAGCAAAGCCACAUGUUCAACUUAACAGGUCCAAAAGUGGUUUGCUAAACAAAGGUUCUUGUGACCCCCAGCAACCUCCCCAAUCUGCUGUGACCUCCAAGAUACCAAAUUUGGCUACCAGGGUUACAACUAGAGUUCGUUCUCGGGUCAGGACGGGUCAGAGCUGUGAUGAUGAGUAUGGUGUUGUCUGUGAGAACCAUAAUUCUGAACGUGAUGCCAGAGAAGAACAGACAUCUAGUGAAGGAAGCACCCCAAGUGGGGAUGCUCUGAAUGGCUCCUUUGUUAGAGAAGACAAUUACUCUGGGAAGUCCAGCAAAACAAACAGUGAUGACUCAGGAGAAGGUAAAGGGGGGCUUCACAAAAUUCUUAGCUCAAAAGCAGAGGCACUGUGGGGCAAGAAGGGAAUACCAUGGCCUUGGAGAGGUCAUGAGCAGGAUGAGUCUGAGAAAAAUCAAAUGGCCUUGCCACAGUUCCAUGAAAUUCAAGAGAAUGACCAGAGCCAUAACAAGGAAGUUCCAGAACCAAUCAUAAUACCAGACUGCCAAGAUACUGAAUUUGUUCAAGAAGUCAAAUAUGAGGUGUCAGGCUCCUGGUGGUCUUUCAAUGCCAGCACAAGUAGUAUGAGCAGUUCUGGAAGUACUAAUAGCAGUGCUAUCGAGAGGGUAGAUCGUGAAGCAGACUGCCUGGAUUAUGAAAUUCUGUGGGAGGACCUAGUAAUCGGAGAACAAGUUGGUCAAGGUUCUUGUGGAACAGUGUAUCAUGCUCUGUGGUAUGGCUCGGACGUGGCAGUUAAAGUAUUCUCCAAAUAUGAAUAUUCAGAAGAUAUGGUACUCACCUUCAGACAAGAGGUAGCAUUGAUGAAGAAACUACGCCAUCCCAAUAUAAUACUCUUCAUGGGUGCAGUUGCAUCUCUUGAGCGACUUUGCAUUGUUACGGAGUUUCUCCCAAGAGGGAGUUUGUUUCGCUUACUUCAAAAGAACACUGGCAAGCUGGAUCCAAGACGACGAGUUCACAUGGCUAUAGAUAUCGCAAGGGGCAUGAAUUAUCUUCAUAAUUCUAGCCCACCUGUCAUCCAUCGUGAUUUAAAAUCAUCAAACCUGUUGGUUGAUAAGAACUGGACUGUUAAGGUUGCGGACUUUGGUCUUUCACGUCUUAAACUUGAAACAUUUCUAACAACAAAAACUGGAAAAGGAACGCCACAAUGGAUGGCCCCAGAGGUUCUACGUAAUGAGCCUUCAAAUGAAAAGUCUGACGUGUACAGCUACGGGGUUAUCCUAUGGGAAAUUGCUACUCAGAAGAUACCAUGGGAUAAUCUCAAUACAAUGCAGGUUGUUGGAGCAGUGGGUUUCAUGGACCAUAGGUUGGACAUUCCGAGCGAUGUUGAUCCUCAGUGGGCGUCGAUGAUCGAGAGUUGCUGGGACAGUGACCCACAAUGUCGCCCUUCGUUUCAAGAACUGCUAGAUCAGCUCCGGGAUCUGCAAAAGCAAUACACCUUGCAGGCUCAGCUACAGCGAACUUCAGCUGGGGAUCCUCUGGCGAGGGGAGGCGUUUCCAAGAUGAGUGUUGUUGACGAUUGCUAGCUUCAAACAAUCUGAAAUGUUGCAUGCAUAUGGCUGGGUUGCUGCUGCAAAUGUGAGACCCCAGCAGGCCAGCAAAAUGGGAUUAGUCGGACGCCAGUCUAAACCAAAGGGUUCUGAACUUCUGAUGAAGCUAUGGCAGCAACUGAGCUUGUGCCAGAGAAAGAUGGUGUCUUCUCAAGCCUGAAGCUUUGAGCGUUGUUUCAGCAGUGAUGACUGAUGACUGAUUAGAUCAUGGCAGUCGUCGAAUACACAAUGCUGUAUUAACCGUAUUAACCAUGUACAUGAUUCUUUUAAGGAAAAGUGGUUAUUGGUAUUCUGCA